GGCACAGGAGCCCGCGACCGGCGCGUUCGGCCGCUCCGCCCCCGGCGGGCCCCGAGCGCCGCGCCGCGCGUGCGCUCCGCCUUCCGCCCCCAGCGCCGCGCGGAGCGGGGCCAGCGGGAGACCCCGCCCCCGCCACAGGGCUCGGCUGGGCUCGGCUGGGCUCGGCUGGGCUCGGCUUGCUCGGCCCCGCCCCGCCCGCGCGGGCUGUCACUGCGGCGGAGUCGCGGCGGCGCCGCCAUCGCGGGCAGAUGCAGGCGAUCAAGUGUGUGGUGGUGGGCGACGGAGCUGUAGGGAAGACCUGCUUGCUGAUCAGUUACACCACAAAUGCCUUUCCUGGAGAAUACAUCCCUACUGUGUUUGAUAACUAUUCUGCCAAUGUCAUGGUAGAUGGAAAGCCAGUGAAUCUGGGCCUCUGGGAUACAGCAGGGCAAGAGGAUUAUGACCGGCUGCGGCCUCUUUCCUAUCCACAGACGGAUGUUUUCUUGAUCUGCUUCUCCCUUGUGAGUCCAGCCUCCUUUGAGAAUGUCAGAGCCAAGUGGUACCCUGAGGUCCGACACCAUUGCCCAAAUACACCUAUCAUCCUGGUGGGCACCAAGCUGGACUUGAGGGAUGAUAAAGACACCAUUGAAAGGUUACGUGAUAAGAAACUGGCCCCCAUCACCUACCCUCAAGGUUUGGCCAUGGCUCGGGAGAUUGGGUCAGUAAAGUACCUGGAGUGCUCUGCCCUGACGCAGCGGGGCUUGAAGACGGUGUUUGAUGAAGCCAUCCGGGCUGUGCUCUGCCCACCACCCGUGAAGAAGCCUGGCAAAAAGUGUACCGUGUUCUGAGGGCUGUGGCCAAGGUGCUGGCUCAGCAUGUUGUUGUCCUCUGACAGAUUGCAUAUUAGCUGGGUGUUUCUGGAGGGGGCUGGGAUGUGUAGGGCCCUUCAUCAUGUACGAAGUCAGUGUUUUUUAAAUGUCUCUUUGAUUUAACGUCAGUGUUGAUGUGAAGGGGCAGCAGGGGCAGGAGACUAGCUGAGGCUGUACAGCCCCCAGGGGAGGAACAAUGGGGAAGGCAAGGUAGCUCCCUGGGGCAAUAGGCUGUUUUGGCUCUCCUGAACUCCCAAGCUAAAAGGGCUGAGACAUCCAUCCUGUCCUGGAAACACCUGCUUACAACCUGCAGGAGAAACAGGUGGUGAAGAUCCUUGUGGGAGUGGGGAGGAAGCUGAUAUGAUGGUGCUGGAUGAUAAGAGCAGCUGGGAGAGUGGUAGGGUCUCUCUUUGCCCAGCCUGCUGUGGCCAACAGGUAACAAAUAGGUGCUCUAGCAGAUACGUGCCUCAGACUGUUAAAGAAAUCACAACCAGCCUGGGAAUGGGUCAAAGUAAAUGAGAAAUGAAGCUGAAGAACUAACCAUUAGGUGCUUUAUUGGGUACUAGCCAAACUCACUGAAUGAAACAGCUCUGUGCAAUUGAUGUAUUUGCCUUUUUGUGUGUGCACACCUUAGGAGAGCAUGGUGCUGCUCCCCCCCAUCAGUCUUUAGCAGGGCCUCCCCCCCUCUAAAUCCAGUCUCUGCAGAGCAGGGCUGUGGUUGUUGCCUCUGUUUUGUUUUUUUCUACUAAAGACAGCAAAGGAAGCAAUGAGGAGCCUGCUAACUUCUUCUUUCCCUUCCCACUGAAAGUGCAGGCCAGCUCUAUGGAGUUGGAUGGAAUAGGGAGAGCUUCUCAAGGGUUGUGGGGGGGGAAUAGGGUUGGAAGAAAGACAGGUCCAAUUUCUAAUCAUCAUGUAGAGUGACAAGAUAAAACCUUAUUUGGUGCAAUAAACAUUCUCCAUGACGGUGUA